CCUAGCCCCGCCCUCCUCCACGCGACAAUAUGUUUCCAAUGAGCGUGCACGGACGCGCGCUCCGCUGCCGGAUUUUCUGACGGUUCCGAUCCAGAAAGACCACCGAGGCGAGGAAAGAGGGAGAUUGUGCUGCGGGCUCCGUGCGUGCGCAUGACGGCCAGCAUGUUGGCGGGACUCGGCCCGGUCGUGCGCGGGUCCGGCGGGCUUGCGCGAGCGGGAAAACAACACCUUGAAGACGCGUGCACGUUUGAGUGACAGCAAAGGACGCAUCGAGAUGUCCGCCUCCUGCAGCCCCACGCCCCCUCCACAAGCAUGACGGUGGUGUCCACGGACAACGUGGACGAGAGCGCCACUCUGCCGGGUCACCCUCAGGACGACGAGUUCGGCGUUGCCGAGUGCUGCGAGCGUGUGGUCAUCAACGUGUCGGGUCUUCGCUUCGAGACGCAACUCAAAACGUUGGCGCAUUUCCCGGACACGCUCCUGGGGAACCCUAAAAAGAGGAUGCGCUACUUCGACCCGCUGCGGAACGAGUACUUCUUCAACCGCAACCGACCCAGCUUCGACGCCAUCUUGUACUACUACCAGUCCGGGGGUCGGCUGAGGCGGCCCGUCAACGUCCCGCUGGACAUGUUUUCCGAGGAGAUCAAGUUCUACGAACUCGGGGCCGAGGCCAUGGAGAAGUUCCGCGAAGACGAGGGUUUCAUCCGCGAGGAGGAGCGCCCGCUGCCGGAUAAAGAAUUCCAACGGCAGGUUUGGCUCCUCUUCGAGCACCCGGAGAGUUCUGGCCCGGCCCGGGGCAUCGCCAUCGUGUCCGUGAUGGUCAUCCUCAUCUCCAUCGUCAUCUUCUGCUUGGAGACGCUGCCGGAUCUCAAGGAGGACGUGGGCGAGCGGCGGCGGGCGGCGGGAAACUCAACCGGCAGCUACAGGAGCUACGUGCUAACGGACCCGUUCUUCAUGGUGGAGACGCUCUGCAUCAUCUGGUUCUCCUUCGAGCUCCUCGUGCGUUUCUUCGCCUGCCCCAGCAAGAUGGCCUUUUUCCGGAACAUGAUGAACUCCAUCGACGUGGUGGCCAUCAUCCCGUACUUCAUCACGCUCGGAACCGAGCUGGCCGACGACCCGGACGACAAGGAGGGCAAAGGGGGCGGCGGGGGCGGCGGUGGCGGUGGUGGUGGCGGCGGCGAGCAGGCCACGUCGCUCGCCAUCCUGCGCGUUAUCCGCCUGGUGCGCGUCUUCCGCAUCUUCAAGCUGUCCCGCCACUCCAAGGGUCUGCAGAUCCUGGGUCAGACCCUCAAGGCCAGCAUGCGCGAACUGGGCCUGCUCAUCUUCUUCCUCUUCAUCGGCGUCAUCCUCUUCUCCAGCGCCGUCUACUUCGCCGAAGCCGAGGAGCCCGAGUCGCACUUCUCCAGCAUCCCGGACGCCUUCUGGUGGGCUGUGGUCUCCAUGACGACGGUGGGCUACGGCGACAUGUACCCGGUGACCAUCGGCGGCAAGAUCGUGGGCUCGCUGUGCGCCAUCGCCGGCGUGCUGACCAUUGCUCUGCCCGUGCCCGUCAUCGUGUCCAACUUCAACUACUUCUACCACCGCGAGACUGACGGCGAGGAGCAGGCCCAGCUGCUCCACGUCAGCCAACAGAACCUGGCGCCGGACGACGGCUCCUCGAUGCUCAGCAAGUCCGAGUACGUGGACAACAGCAUCGACAACCUGCGCGAGGCUAACCUCCGCGGCGCCAACUGCACGCCGCCGACCCGGAACUGUGUGGACGGUGGCAAGCUGCUGACGGACGUGUGAGGCUGUUGUCACGGUAACAGCACCUUUUGAUUGAGGACGCCAGCAUCAAAGUGUUAGCCUCAUUAGCAUGUCGCUGAUUGCUUGUUUAGUCCUAUUUUUAGACUUCCUUAGAUUAAAACUCUGUGGACAUUUGGAGGAGGCGGGGUAAGUGCUUGUCGUCAUGGCAACGCACGCGUAGACCCCUCUUCUUCAGCAUGCGGCCUCAUCAUCAUCGCUGUCUGCGUGCGCGCGUGUCAGAGGUUGCCUCAGGAGGGCGGCUUUUGUCCUUCUCUGACGUUUAGUGCCUUCAAGUCGUCUCACCAAGUGCCUUGGCGCCGCUCGCAGACGUCCACGGACGCGCUGACGCCGCCCAGGUGACUGCAUCAUGUGACGUCGAUGACAUGCGACAGCCUCAUCAUCUUUCUUCUCGUGGUGAUGUCGUCUUUUCACGUAAACAGGAAGCGAUGAAACGCGUUGACCUCCAGGGCCGCGUGCGUGGGUUUUGCGCGCGUUCGCAAAGUGGCCGCUUAAAGCGCACAUAAACAGCACGCAGCCUCUGACCAAUCAGCGGCCGGCAGUAGAAAACUAGGCGGAAAAAUGGCCUUCAAAAGGGUGAUAUGAAAGAGCAUUGUUCCAUUGUUGAAAGACACUGUUCAUUUCAUUUCGUCCUAAUAAUAAAGCUUGGAAAUCUACAGAUUACUUUGCGGUGCGUCCAUUUUGUAAGGGUGGGGGGGCCUCCAAAUUAAAUUCAACUUAAAAUUUGGCCCUGGUGACCCCACAUGACUCUAUGGCACCGGUCAGGGUGGGUUUAAACUGAACCAGCGAACCAUGGCGAUGAUGUCCCAAAGAGGGUUCUACAUUCAUUUACCGAUGUUCUUCACUUAACGACCUUUUUAAUUGUUUACAGUGGGGCAAAAAAAAGUAUUUAGUCAGCCAGCGAUUGUGCAAGUUCUCCCACUUAAAAUGAUGACAGAGGUCUGUAAUUUUCGUCAUAGGUACACUUCAACUGUGAGAGACAGAAUGUGG